AAAACAUAGCUAGGGAACAUGAUGGGUUGUCGUUUCCUCAUUUUUACGCUUUUGCCCCCUCGAGAGGAUCAAAAUCUCUUUCAAGCUCACAAUUGCGCAAGGCUCCUGGGUGGAGAGCGGGUAUCCGGCCCCCUCCAGGAGCUCUUGGGUGGCACCUGACUCUGGAAAAGAACCAUGGACUUCUGGCUUUGGUCCCUUUACUUCCUGCCAGUCUCUGGGGCUCUGAGGAUCCUCCCGGAAGUACAGCUGGAUGGAGAGCUGGGCGGAUCCAUUACCAUCAAGUGCCCAAUGCCUGACAUUCACAUGAGGACGUACCUGUGCCGGCAGAUGACCAAGUCUGGAGCUUGUGUUACGGUGGUGUCCAACACAUUCAUCAGGAAGGAAUACUGGGACCGAAUCACUCUGAAGCCAUGCUCAGACAAGAAUCUCUUCCUGGUAGCGAUAAUGAAGUUGACCGAAAGUGACAGCGGAAUCUAUGCCUGUGGGGUGGGCAAGUACACAGACUUGGGAAAGACCCAGAAAGUCAUCUUGAAUGUACACAAUGCCUAUGAGCCCUUCUUGGAAGAGGAGCCGAUAUCCGGGCCUCCAGAAUGGUUUCACAGAUACCUGCACAUGCAGAUGCCCAAGUGGCUCCAAAUCGUCACACAAACCAGAUCUUCUGAAUUCAUCGCCGCAGUUACCACCCCAGCUCAAAGGAUGGAGAGCUCUCCAGCCCACCAUUCCUCCCCAGCCACUCCAGCAACUCACUAUCCUGGAGUUUCCAGAACAUCUUCGGUAGCCACUGCCAAGCCUCCAACUCUCCUGACAACCACUACCUCAAAAACUCCCACUCAGGAGGGGCUAUUCGGGCACCAAGUGACCAGCUACAACUACCACACCAGGCAGAGAUCCUUCUACCACUACGAUGGCUCAAGCUCGGGGAGCUUGGACCAUGGGUUUCACAUCCUGGUACCCACUAUCCUGGGCCUUCUCCUGUUGGCCCUUCUGUGGCUGGUGAUUAAAAGAGCCGUUCAAAGGAGGAAAGCCCUCUCCAGGCAGGUCCGCCGGCUGGCGCGGAGGGUGCGCGUCUCGGAGUCGGUGCAGCCGCCGCGGGCGCCGCGGGCUCCGGGCGCGCCGCGGGCUCCCGGGGCGCAGAGGCCGCGCUGCCAGAACAACGUGUACAGCGCCUGCCCGUGGCGCGCCCGGGGCCCGGACCCCGCGGGAGAACUGGACACCGCUCUUUCCGGUCCCGGAGCCUCGGCGCCACCCCAGGGUCCACCGCAGAAAUAUACCAGUUCCAGACAAGAGAGAGCGAGGUGGGGAGAGAAAGCAAAGCAGCAUGUGUCUUCUAGAGGCAGGGGCUCUUCAGGAGCACAUCCAUAUCAGAAGCAGAGGCAUCCUACCUUCAACAUAUACUCUUCUCCCUGAAGUUUGUGAAGCAAGAUCAUAGCUGGACAUUAUCUUUGGAUUGAUGACAACUACAAAGUACAGCCAGAGCUUAGGGCUAGAGAAGGCUUCCUCUUACUGCUGGCCUUUCCAGAUAUAUAGCCCAGUCUUCCUGGGCACUCAUUCAGAAGUAGCAAAGAAAGGCUUCCAGAUCUAAAUGGAACUGCAAAAUAAAUGUCCUCUCAGAUUGAACAGUACACCCAGGGACAUUGUCACUGUCAGCAAUGCUUGCUUGACACUGUCACCUGAGAAAAGCAAAAUGGCUACCAUGAGGAAAGAAGGGCACCUAAGGAGAAGAGCCAGCAGGGGCUGAGGGGGGAUGGGCUGCAAGUGUGGACAGGACAGGAAAGCUUUAGUGACACUGCUUUUGUGCUGAGUAUUUUAACUACAUGUUAUCUUCUAACAUUCACUUUUCAAAUCUUUGCCCCUGAUUCCUACCCCAGUGCUCUGUUCCUGCAGAUAGAUCAUUUCCAUGCAUUCAAGUUCCAUCUCAUACCCCAACAUCCCUCCUUACUCAUCAAUAAUCCACAGGCAAGCAGAAAUCCACUUUAUUAAAUAUUUUGCCGAGUACCCAUUCACCCCAGACUGUUGUGGGAAUCGUGGAAGGUGACAGGGGAACAGGGUCAUGGCAGUCUACUGCCUUUGUGAACCAUACAUCUCACAAAUAAAUGGAGUCAGUUGUAAUACUGACAGUACUUAAA